AUGAGCAGCACGCCAAAAUGGAUGAGGACGGCGCAGCCUUUGGGUCGAUCUCUAUACCAAAAGGCACUCGCAGCCGUCCAACCACGACUGACCUUCGGAUAUGUCGCUUGGGCCCUCAUUGGCCUUUACGUUCUCUAUUGCAUCCUCGCCCGCUCGCCGCUAUUCGCGUCAAACUUACCAGGGUAUUCGGGCCCAUACGAAGUCGGUGCGAUAGACGUCGAGGUGCCUGUCCGCAAGCCUCGCAAGAUCAGCGAGCAAGUCCUGGAGAGCGACGGAAAGCCAGCAUUCGAACUCGAGACGGUGCUCUUCACGCUGUACUAUCCUGCAGCAAAGGGCUCCAACGGCAACGGUCACCACUAUUGGAUUCCCAGGCCCAUCAGCAUCACAGCCGAGGGCUAUGCCAGGGCCGCGCACUUCAACAACUUCAUCUCGCGGCCGGUCUUCACAUUCUUCCUGUGGGCCAUCGCGGGCAGCAUCAAGAUCCCUGCACACGUCGACGUGCCGCUGCUCAAGGACGGGCAGGAGUUCCCCGUCGUGGUCUUGUCACACGGCCAGGCCAGCUCGCGGACGGAUUACACGCACUACUGCGGCGAGCUCGCCAGCCUUGGCACCGUCGUCGCCGCUAUCGAACACCGUGACGGCAGUGGUCCGGGAUCUGUCGUGAUGACCAAAGAUGGCAAGGAGCGCAAGGUCAUGUAUUUGAACAAGAAGGAGCUUCAGGGCGGCAAGGAGAUGAAAUCGGACGACUUCAAGUUUAGGCAACUCGCCUUCCGACAGGCCGAGAUUGAAGAGACCAUUGCCGUACUGAAGGAAUUGCAUGCAGGAAAGGGGGCUACCGUCUUGGCGAACAACGCCCGCAAAGAAGGCCGUGGCCUCGCGGAGUGGGAAAGCAGACUGAAUUUCUCCCAGACAGUCAUCGCGGGCCACUCAUUUGGCGCAACAGGUGCCCUCCAGGUCCUCAGAGGCGCCACCUCGGCCAAAAACCCUGCUGUCGGCGGCAUCAUUCUCGAUCCCGGCAAGAGCAGCGGCAGGCUAAACACCGAUAUUGACGUGCCGAUUCUCGUCAUCCACUCCGACUCGUGGUCCAAGAAGAUUACGCCGUUCUUUGGAAGGCCGCACUUCGACACCGUCAGAGACAUCGCCCGGGACGUGCUCAAGCGCGUGGGUUCGAGCUGGUUUGUGACGAGCCUACGGACGAGCCACCCGAGCGUCACAGAUGCGCCCCUGGUUGAGCCUUUGCUCCUGAGUUGGACGACGGGGGCUACGAUUGGCGCGCAUCGAGGCCUGAAGGAGUAUGUUAGGAUAUCACAGGAGUUUAUGGAUUUCUUAAGGGAAGGAUCCAGAAGGGGCGUGUUAUCCGAAGACGUCACCCAUGAAGAGUACGGAAAGGAUACCAUGACGGAUGAGCAACGGAGGAGGAUACCCAAGGAGACGAGGAACUAUUGGCAGAUUCACGUCGCACCCCCACGAGAAGACUAA